AUGGAAGGAAAUGUUGAAAAAGGUCAACAAAAUAUUUUGGCAAAGACAGUUUUGAGAGGACAUGAAAGAAGUGUUGAAUGUGUUGCUAUUAAUAAUGAUGGUACUCGUGCAAUUUCUGGUUCUUUUGAUAAAUUUGUUAAAGUUUGGAAUAUUUCUGAAGACAAUUCAAUUGACAAUAAUAUUGAUGAAGAAAUUUCUCCAUCUUCAAGAAGUUCAAAGAGACCUAAAAUUGAUCAAGUUGUUAAUACGAAGACUCCAAUGGUAACUCUACAAGCACAUAAGGAGGCUGUUGUGGAUAUUAAAUGGAAUCCCUUAAAUUCGGGUCAAGCAGUUAGUGUGUCUUGGGAUCAACAAAUUUUGGUUUGGGAUUUGGAAAUGGCAGGUCCAAUAACAAAUUUGCCUUCAAAUAGAGCAUUUUCUGCACUUUCACUAAAUCCUAAAAAUGGUAUCGCUUUGACAGCAUCAACUGAUUCUUUUAUUAGAAUGUGGGAUUUAAAAAGCAAAGAAGGUUCUCUAGUUAAAAAUACUUAUUGUGGACAUCUUGCCUGGGUAUCCGAUGUUUGUUGGUCUCCUUUAAAUGAAUAUUUAUUUUCUUCUUCAAGUUUUGAUGGAACUGUGAAGAUGUGGGAUACAAGGAGUCCAAAAGCUGCUCUAUACGAUUUAAUGGGACAUCAAGACCGUGUUUUAUGUGUUGAUUGGUCAUCUUCUGAAAGAAUUGCUAGUGGGUCAGUUGAUUGUUCAGUUAAAGUAUUUUCUUGUUAA